AUGUCGCUCACCGCCGCCCCCGCCCCUCGCGUCUUGGCCACCAGCAUGCGCCGAUCCGUCCGCAUCACGAGUCGUUACCAGUUUUGCCAGUCCAUGCACAGCACCCCUGCAUCGCGUCUGCUUCCACCACCACCAUCGACCUCAUCUGCCUCAUCUACCGGCCCUGCUGUCCUGUUGGCCGCCGUCACCACACCGAGUCUUCUGACCCGGACCAAACUCCGGCCUCGCCCCGCGUGCUCGACCCCGCAUGCCCAUCACCACCGCCCACGCCAUGCCGCAUUGCUGUCGACAUCCGCCUCGCGCCACGCCAAGAACCAAGUCUUUUCCCCAGUCCGCAACAAUGACACUUUUCAAACCUACCUCGCAACGUCGUCAUCGUCGCGCACCCCGCUCUUGACCCUCUGGACCGCUUCUUGGUGCCCAACCUGCCGCACCGUCGAGCCUCUCGUCCGAGCCCUGGUCGAGUCGGGCGUCGGCGAGGAACACGGCGGCGUCGCUCUCGCCUCCGUAGAAUUUGACAGUCCCGACAUCAUGUCUGCUGGCGCCGACGGCCUUGCCAUGACCUACAUGAUUACCGCCAUACCCACUUUGCUCAGCUUCGACGCCGGCGAGGCGCAGACCGCCACCAAGAUCACAAAUGCGAGGCAGCUGGCUGAUCGCGAGUUUCUCACCCAAUGGAUACGGAACGAAGCCCGGCGUCAUGGCGGCCGUGGAGGGGGCGGCCCCUCCCUUCCGUCUUUUGGCGGCUUAUUCGGCCUCUCCAAGUAG